AUGGCCGUCGGCAAGAAGUUCGCCAGCUGCGUGAUGAAGUGUAUGAACAAGGGAUCCGGGCGGUGCUUCAAGAAGCUCGGAUGCGGUCUCGCCCUCCCCCCGGACAACGUGCUCGUCCAGCAGACCAAGCAGUGCGCCAUGGGCUCCGGCUUCAACACGGCCGGCGUGCAGUCGUUGUGCAAUUGCAUUGCCGGCGCUGGAGUGCGAUCUCUUGCUCCCCUCUGCAACCGUAUCCAGAUCUCA